CCUGUGUCUGGCUGAACCCUGUCCCCAGCACUUCAGACGGUGCCUGACACGUCGGCUCUUGGGAAAUGCGCUGUAAAUCCACUGAUUGACCAGAUGAACGAAUUGCUUUCAGCCUUCAGCACUGAGCCUGCAGGGCAUGUUCCCGCUUUGAGGUGAAACCAUGAAGAGGAGACAGAACAAAUCAUAAUGCUUUUCCGCAACCGCUUCUUGCUGCUGCUGGCCCUCGCUGCACUGCUGGCCUUCCUGAGCCUCAGCCUGCAGUUCUUCCACCUGAUCCCGGUGUCGACGGCCAAGAAUGGAGCGAGUAGCAAGAGUCGAAAGAGAAUCAUGCCUGACCCCGUGACGGAGCCCCCGGGGACGGACCCGGUUUACGAAGCUCUCUUGUAUUGCAACAUUCCCAGUGUGGCCGAGCGCAGCAUGGAAGGUCACGCUCCGCAUCAUUUUAAGCUGGUUUCUGUGCAUGUGUUCAUUCGACAUGGGGACAGAUAUCCACUGUAUGUCAUUCCCAAAACGAAGCGACCAGAAAUUGACUGCACUCUAGUGGCUAACAGGAAACCGUAUCACCCUAAACUGGACGCUUUCGUUAGUCACAUGUUGAAAGGAUCCGGAGCCUCUUUCGAAAGCCCCUUGCACUCCCUGCCUCUUUUCCCCAAUCACCCGCUAUGUGAGAUGGGAGAGCUCACGCAGACAGGAGUCGUGCAGCAUUUGCAGAAUGGCCAGCUGCUGAGGGACAUCUAUCUAAAGAAACACAAACUCCUGCCCAAUGACUGGUCCACAGACCAGCUCUACUUAGAGACCACCGGGAAAAGCCGGACGCUGCAAAGUGGGCUGGCCCUGCUGUAUGGCUUUCUCCCAGACUUCGACUGGAAGAAGAUUUACUUCAGGCACCAACCCAGUGCUCUGUUCUGCUCCGGAAACUGCUAUUGCCCGGUGAGAAACCAGUAUCUGGAAAAGGAGCAGCGCCGGCAGUACCUCUUACGUCUGAAGAACAGCCAGCUGGAGAGGGCCUACGGGGAGAUGGCCAAGAUCGUGGAUGUCCCCACCAAGCAACUGCGAGCUGCCAACCCCAUAGACUCCAUGCUUUGCCACUUCUGCCACAACGUCAGCUUCCCUUGCACCAGAAACGGCUGUAUUGACAUGGAGCACUUCAGGGUGAUCAAGACCCACCAGAUAGAGGAUGAGAGAGAGAGGCGGGAGAAGAAACUGUACCUGGGGUAUGCGCUCCUGGGCGCCCACCCCAUCCUGAAUCAGACCAUCGGCCGCAUGCAGCGCGCCGCCGAGGGCAGGAAAGAAGAGACCUUCGCCCUCUACUCUGCGCACGACGUCACUCUGUCACCGGUUCUCAGUGCCUUGGGCCUGACGGAAGCCAGGUUCCCGAGGUUUGCAGCCAGGUUGAUCUUCGAGCUCUGGCAAGACGGAGAAAAGCCCCGGGAGCAUUCUGUCCGGAUUCUUUACAACGGUGUCGAUGUCACCUUCCACACCUCUUUUUGCCAGGACUACCACAGGCGUUCUCCCAAGCCCAUGUGCCCCCUUGAAAACUUGGUCCGCUUUGUCAGAAGGGACAUGUUUGUGGCCCUGGGUAGUAGUAGUACUAACUAUUAUGAUGCAUGUCACCGGGAAGGAUUCUAAAAGGUACAUAGUCCAGCACUUACAGAAUCUGUGCCAAUACAGAGGGACGGGAAAGGUACGCUUCUAGGUCUCACCUUUGCUAAGGGUACAUGAUUACUGAUUUUCAUGGCUCUAGAAAGUCCGCUUGGGAGCCACGCAGAUGGUUUCGGUUGAACAAUGAGUACAUUGUUGCUUUCGGGUACAUGAGUUACUUGACACACAAUGGCCAAUUCACAGAAAAAGGAAGGUACUUGAUCAUAGCCAGACUUCACUUACAAUGCCAGAAUAUUUUAAUACACAAAGUUGCCAACCCAAAUGUGUAUUCUUUUGAUCUGCCAUGGUACUGUACAAUGGAACCAGCAAACCUCAGCCCAAAUUCUCUUAAUCUGGGACCAUCUUACCUUGUCCUCGUUCAGUGAAAAAUUUCCCAAAGUGAUUUAUGUAAAACUGGGCUUGGCAAACUUUUUCUAAAAAGAGCCAGAUAGUAGAUAUUUUAGACGGCGGGGACCAAAAGGCCACAGGCAGUCUCUGUCACAGCUGUUCAGUUCUGCUGUUGUCCUGUGAAAGCAACCACAGGCCACACAGAACAUAGGCUGUGGGUCAGGCACGGCCCCCAGGCUGCCGCUUGCUGGCCCCCGAUUUAGAAUACAAGCUCUAUUACAAUUGCACUCUCGGCACUUUGAGAACCAGUUGGAUGCCAAGAAUUAUUCAGCGGUGCCUCCAGUCACUUCUGCUAGAAACACAGAAUUUGGUCUGCAUCUGACUUUAUAACAAAACAAAGGGAAGUACACAUUGAAUCAGAAAGAAUCACAGAAAAAUUAUUAGAAUAAUACUUGAUGUUCGUGAUGAUUGUGGUAUACGAUAGUUUUAAGGAUGUUUUGUCUGCCAUAGUCUGUUUGCUUUAUAUGCUGAAACUUUUGUAUUCAAUUUAGUAUUUUUUAUAGUCUAGGAAAAAUAUUUUCUGAGACCAGUUUUAGAUGUGCUCGUAUUCCUGUGUUAAUAUUCAAAUUACUGUACCUGGUUGGUGUUUGGAAGGGAGCCAGAAGCUGGAUUCAGGUACUGUCUUCGAAUAAAAGGGGUUAUGGCUCAUUCCAUUGGACAAGCUUUUCCUAGAAUUGGAUCAACUUUUAAACCCUUUUCAUGAGUUUCAAAAGGUAAAUUCUAAGUGAUUUUUAAGCAAGUUUUGGAAGAACUUUGUUACUAGAUAGUUAAAUAAUCUUUAUAAGGUAUUUUAUAUAUUAGAAGCUGUCAUUAAAUCUGUGGUUCCUGAACUAAUGGUGCUAGCUCUGUGUGAAGACACGUAAUGUGCAAGUGAGGUUCUCCACGUCGUUGGUACUCCCACCUUCUCUCUUCAUUUCUGUCCAGUGUUGCAUUUAAAUACAUCUGUUUCUAUUAAUAAAUUUUGAAGAAUACUUGUACGUACCACUAAUGGUUUGUACCUGUAAGUCACUCUAGUGCUUUUCUAGUGAGUGCCAAUAUUUUUUAAAUGUAUCCUUUUUUGUAUAAUAAACAUGUUUUAAAUUAGAACACUCUACAGCGCAUGUGGGGAAGGGAGGGCCAGGAGCGGGCUGCACUAGGCCCAGCAGCGACAAUGGAAAGGGACCGAAGUCCUGCUUCCUUCUGCGACAGCAUCAGAGUUCGCUGGGCCAGGAGGACAUGUCACAGCUGGUGGCCUAGGACUGGUUAAAAUUGAUCUCAACUGCUUCUAUUAUUGCUGACCAUCCUAUGCUGUCUCUCGAGUAUUUAAAGCCUAAACAUCACUCACGGUAUUUGAACCAGAACUGCUAAACACAGCUUGAAGAAAAUAAACGUGAAUCAUAAGAUGUUUUAAAAAUUAAUGUGCAACAUCUGUUGGUAAAGGUAAAUAUUUUGGAUGAGAGCCCACAUUAAAAGCAUUGUAGAUACAGGUUUUGCCUGUGUGAUGAGAAAAACAACUGUGGAAAACAGCUUUGUUUUUCUGAAUCGCUGCUGAGACAUUUGACGGUAUGACAGCCCUGCUCACACCCAGAGUCCGGGCACUCAGGUAAGAACUUGAGUUUAGGAUGCCCAUCAUAAGGUCCCACUUUACUUUUCCAGGACACCCUUUGAAAUAACCACUUAGAGUUAAGCCUGCAAAAAC